AUGUCCGCUAAGUCGACUCUCAUUGCCGCGGCGGUCAUGCUGGCCAUGGCACCGCUCCACGCCGGCGCGCACAUGGUUCUGAAAAGCCCGGUCCCCUACGGCAACCCCAACAACUCUCCUCUCGAGGCCACCGGCUCCGAUUUCCCUUGCAAAGCCGUUCCCUACACCGUCAACACCAUGAAUGAAUGGCCAGUGGGCUCCGAACAAACACUCUCAUUCACCGGCACCGCUGUUCAUGGCGGCGGCUCCUGCCAAAUCAGCGUAACCACCGACAAGGAGCCCACAAAAGAGUCAAAGUGGAAAGUCAUCUACUCAAUCGAAGGUGGCUGUCCCGUUGAGGCUGCAGGUAAUCUUGACCAAAACGGUCCUAGCACCAACAAUGCCUUCAAGUACACUGUGCCUGCCGAGCUCCCUAAUGGGGUCAUGACAAUGGCAUGGACGUGGUUCAACAAAAUCGGAAAUCGGGAGAUGUACAUGAACUGUGCGCCCAUUACUGUCUCUGGUGGCUCUGAUGACACAGCUGGCUUCGAUGCGCUCCCCGACAUGGCAGUCGCCAAUAUCGGGGUCGGUACAUCCUGCGGCACAACCGCCGACAGCAAAGACUUCACCUUUGAGAACCCCGGCAAAUACGGCACGUCUGUCGGAACAGGUCCAUUUGUGGAUCUCUGUUCAGGCAAGACUACUCAGGCAAGCUCCUUCAGCGGUGGCAGUGGUGGUGGUGGUAGUGGCAACACCGAUACUGAUCCUGCUCCUGCCCCCGGUAACUCAUCUGCCGCCAAUCCUCCCUCUACUCCAACGGCUUCUCCACCCGUAGCCACGCCACCCUCCCUGUCCACCACAGAAUCAACUUUCCGCACCAUCAAAACUGUUACUGCGCCCAUGCCCCCACUGCCCUCCAAGACGGAUGGUGUAUUCGCUCCAGGCGCUAGCUCCGCUAUCAUUCCAACUGCAUCCGCCCCGUCAGCCACACCCUCUCCCGGAGGUCCUACCGUGGGUUCCGGAGAAGAGGCGUGCAGCACUGAUGGUGCUACCGUUUGCUCAGCCGAUGGUACAAAGUUUGGGACUUGUAACUUUGGCAAGGCGAUUAUGCAGCCUGUUGCUGAUGGGACAACAUGUAAGGACGGGGCUAUUGCGAAGAGAGGGGAGAAGGAGUAUCGUCAUCGGAAUCAGAGGACUGCUGUUUAGAGAGGGAGGAGUUGAGUGAUGGCGGGAUGCUUUGUUGUUGUUUCUUCGUCUUUGCUGUAAGAUAGUGGGGAAGUGUCCUUUCACAACCUGCUCUCGUGAUUGUAAGGAGCUGCGUGUAGUAACUAAGAGUAUCCGUCUACCCCGGACCACGUACAGGCUUUAUACAUGCCAUCUAGAUCAC